AUUUUGCCGCCCAAUGAUGUGGGAGUAUACAGUAUGUAGCCCUGCCCGCGUUUGUCAGUCCCUCCGCUCCUAAAACAAGGAAAAGUGUAGAAAUACAAAAACUUUCUUUAUCAGCACUUUUCAAAAAUUUAGUUUGCCAUCCAAAUUGCUCGACUGAAAUAUCAGUACCGCGUGCACACGGAAACAGUCACUACCGGAGCGCUUGAUUAUUGCUUUUACAACUGCAUAUCAUCCAAUAUGUCAAAUAUGGGGAACUUUAUCGAAACCGAUUAAUCGAAAUCAACUUGAUUGAUACAGCCGAGUGAUCAAAAGGCAGGUCUGUCGUGGUUUUUGUACUUUACUGACAACCAAAGGCCGGUUAUCUUCACUGAUCGAUCAGAGGGUGAGAAUGGGGCAUCCUCCACUCGAGUUCAGCGACUGUUACUGCGACAGUCCAGACUUCAGAGAGAGGUUGAAAUGCUACGAACACGAGCUGGAGAAAACCAACAAGUUCUUAAAGGAUGUCAUCAAGGACGGGAACAAUGUGAUCAACACGAUUAAAGAGUACUCACUGGCAGUGCAGAAGUUCUCUCAGACUCUUCAGUCGUUCCAGUUUGAUUUCAUCGGUGACACUUUGACUGAUGAUGAGAUGAACAUUGCUGAGUCAUUUCGAGAGUUUGCUGGUUUGCUGCAGGAUGUGGAAGAGGGUCGAAUGAUGCUGGUGCAGAAUGCAUGCGACUUGCUUAUCAAACCUUUGGAAAAGUUCAGGAAAGAGCAGAUUGGGGUCACAAAAGACAGACGAAAGAAGUUUGAGAAGGAGAGUGAGAAGUAUUACUCUCAGUUGGACAAACAUAUGAACCUGUCCUCAAAGAAAAAAGAGACACAGUUACAAGAGGCCGACGAACAGUUGGAUAAGGAGCGUCAGACAUUUUACGAGUCGUCUGUUGAAUAUGUGUUCCAGAUCCAGCAUGUUCAGGACAGGAAGAAGUUUGAUGUUGUGGAGCCUGUUUUAGCAUUUCUGCAGAGCAUCCUAACACUGAAUAAUCUCACUGUGGAGAUGACGCAGGACUUCCUUCCAUAUAAACAGGAGCUUCAGCUCAGUCUACAGAACACCCGUAACCACUUUGAGAGCACCAGAGAGGAGAUGGAAGAGCUAAUGAAGAGGAUGAAGAAGUCAGCACAGAUCUGUAUUAGACCUGGCAAGCAGGCAACUAUGGAGGGAUACCUUUAUGUGCAGGAGAAAUGGGCUCUUGGCGUAACCUGGUUGAAGUAUUACUGUAAAUACUUCAAAGACAGCAAGUUAUUCAUCAUGGUGCCGAUGGAACAAAAGACAGGAACCAAACAGACCACAUCUCAGCUCACACUGAAGUCCUGUGUACGCCGUAAAACAGAAUCAACUGAUAAACGCUUUUGCUUUGACAUUGAAACAAAUGAAAGGUGCAGUCCUGUCCUGCUCCAGGCUAUUUCUGAGGUCAACAGGAAGCAGUGGAUGGAGGCCAUGGAUGGCAAAGAGCCAAUUUAUCAUUCUCCGAAUCAAAAGCAGGCAGAGAUGGAGCUAAAUGACCUCGGCUUCAAAUUCGUCAGAAAAUGCAUCAAUUUUGUGGAAACAAAAGGCCUGACUCAGGAAGGAGUCUACAGGACUGUGGGCAGCAACAUUCAAGUGCAGAAACUUCUGAAUGCCUUCUUUGACCCAAAGUGUCCAGCGGAUGUAGAUUUAAAUUCCCCUGACAUGGACAUUAAGACCAUCACUAGUGCUUUGAAAUUCUAUCUGCGGAGUCUGAGUGAACCGCUGAUGACCUACAGCCUGCAUGGAGAACUGAUCUUAGCAGCAAAGUCAGAGAAUCUGGACUAUCGGUUAGGGGCGGUUCACUCGCUUGUUUACAAUCUCCCAGAGCGGAACAGAGAGAUGCUGGAACUGCUGAUCAAACACCUGGUCAGUGUUUGCAGCCACAGCACUGAAAAUCUGAUGACCGUGUCAAAUAUGGGUGUAAUAUUUGGCCCCACUCUUAUGAGAGCAGAGGAGGAGACCGUAGCGGCCAUGCUGGAUAUUAAGUUCCAGAACAUCGUCAUGGAGAUCCUCAUUGAGGACUACGACAAGAUCUUUAAGGGUCCUCCUGAAGAAAGCACACCGCCUCCUGUUCCGGCUCCAAGGGUGACCCAACGGAAACGGCAGCCAAUUACAAUCUCAAAACGCCCACCUCGUAUCUUACCUGGCCUUGAGCCUCCAGUUUCUGAGCGGCAAGAGCAGAACGGCGCCACCCACAAUGGUGGUGAAUCCGAGGGAGACACUGGCCUCACCAGUCCGGUUCCUCCUCAAAGAAAAAAACUGGCACCUCCUUCCAUCUCUCCUCCAUCUAUCCCACUCUCCUCUCCGACAUCUCGGAAGCCUGCUCACCCAAGACCUGCUCUCCGGCCCUUGGAUUCGGACUUCAGCAGGCAUGAAGUUAAGAUACAGGCUGGUCAGAGGUCAGAACCCAUGGUGACAACCAAUGGGGAAUCAAGAGUGACAGUGAGCCGAGCUCAGUCUUUCCAAGGAUGGAGGCCACAACUUAAAGAAACAACCGGGGAGGCUCAGGGGGUGAAAGCACGAUCUUUCUCCGAGAAGAGUUCCAUCUGCCGGCCACCCACUCGACCACCAGAUCCACCCUCUCGUCUCCUCAAUAAAACUCCAAACGAAGACAGUCCAGCAUCAUAUGUUGCCUCCAAAACCAAAUUUUUUGAGAGCGCUUCCAGGCACAUGGGGAGUUCCUCUCCAAAUGACUCACCUGCAGCUUCUAAAGAUGAGAACUCAAAAUAAGAACUGCCUUCCAGUCACUGCUAUAACUUGUGGAUCAGAGUGUUGUGGACCAAUUAAUGCACAUCAGUGGUCAUGAGACUGUGUAUCCGUGUAUGGCACAGGCCGGCAUCUGGUCAUGGUUUUGAGAGAUGAAUUAUUGUUACUGACAGAGCAUGAAGGAAUGCUUAGUUUAGUUUUUUUUUUUCUGAAUGAAUUGGAAAAGGUACUGUUUUUACUUUAUUAAAACUGAGUCUUUGAUUCUUGCUCGGAUCAAAGAACAAAAAGAAAAGCAUUGAAUAUUUUUUUUCUUAAACAUUAUGACCUUCCUGCACACAAAAGGAGAACUCCCUUCCAUUCUUCCGCUUAUUGUGUCUAUCAGUAUCUCCCCUUUUCUGUGACCUACUUAAGAGACAGAUAAGACUUACGGUUUCCAAUCUCACUCUACAGAUGCACUACCGUCUUCACUCUAAAAGCGAUAGAAAGUGCCCAGAUGUAAUAUAUAAUAUUCCGAAUCAACACUAAUCAGCAUAUAAUUGCGCAGAAGCUGAACAUGUUUUAUUAAUUACCUGCUAUUAUCUGUGUAAUUAGUAACUGGAGAGAGAUGAAUGACCUGGGUGCUGCUUCUAAAUGUUUCUGAUAAACAGAGUAGUUACUGUAAUUGCAGUGUUGCUCCUUUUAUCUGCCGAGACUUGCUAGUGGUGUUCCAGCAACAACAAAAAAAAGGGAUCAAGGACCUUUCUUUACUUCGACUAGUCCACAGAGCAAAGUUUGCUUCAAAGAGCUUUUCUCUCUCGCUCUUUCUCUCUCUCUUUCUCUUUUUAAAUUGUCAGUUGACCUUACUGAUAUAAAGAUUAGUUUUUGGAGCUUAACCAGACUUUUAAACCGAAUCAUGAGCCUUUAUCGAUUUUUUGGGUCAUUGUGUAUCUUGAAUGUGAAAGUUAAAGAUUUUGUCUCAUCCUCAUGUUCACACAAUUGUAAAUGUGGGAAUUUAAAAAAAAAAAAAAAAUAAAGUAUAUGUCAAUUUUUUUUGGUGCCUAAGAUUACAAUAAGGUUAAAAUUUUAGGUCACUUUAUGCGGGUUUGGCAUAAACUUAGCUUCAAAUUUGAAGCAGACUGGAGCGCAUUCUUAUUUAAUAUCAUUAUCAUAAAGCUCCAAAUUUCCAGUUGACAUUUUAUGUAUUUUUUGUAAAUAUUUUGUUUCUUAAGCUGUUUGUCAAGCUCUUAACAGUCCCUAAACCUCGUUUGAAUGUACUGCUGCAGGAAAUUUUUUUAACUUUAUUAAAAAAAAAAAAAAAAUGAUGAA